UCCCCUUCCCUGUCCGUGUAUCUCAAGCACCGAACUCUACUCCCUCCCUGCUUCCCGUCCCGUCCACGCCAGAGCACUCCGCUCCCACGCAAACCCUAGCAGCGGCUCUCUCCUCCCCUGGGGAUCCCGGCCAAGCGGCUUUGGUCCAAGCCGUCAGAGCAACUCGGAUCCCAGCAGCGGCGGGUUGGGGCCGCCAGCUCCGGUCUGUGGCGCCGGAUUUGAGAUCGGCGCGAUGUCGUGGGCCGGGCCCGACGAGAUCCUCCUCUCCACCUCCCUCGCCGGCUUCUUGGACAAGAAGCUUAUUGUGCUGCUAAGAGAUGGACGGAAACUGCUUGGCACCCUAUGCUCAUUUGAUCAGUUUGCAAAUGUUGUUCUUCAGGGUGCUUGUGAACGAGUAAUUGUUGGGGAGCAAUAUUGUGAUGUUCCUCUUGGUCUGUAUGUGAUACGGGGAGAGAAUGUUGUUUUAAUUGGAGAAUUGGACCGCGAAAAGGAGGAACUCCCUGCUCACAUGACCUGUGUCUCAGAGGCAGAAAUUAGAAAGGCUGAGAAGGCAGAAAGGGAGGCAAGAGACCUGAAAGGCACGAUGAGGAAACGGAUGGAGUUCCUAGACUUCGACUAGAUCCUCUCGUGGCAUGGUAGUUGCUGCCCCCUAUUGUGGCCGCGUUGUUUUUAGUGGCGGCUUGUGCUAUACAUGUCGGCAAUUGGAAGCCUGAUGAUUGCGCUGUAUCCCAGUGGCAUGCUCCUUGUUUAACCAGAACGCUUUGGGUUGAUGAAAAACAGAUUCUUUCCUAGCAGUGCCGCUUGCUUUUGUUGUUACA